GGGGGAGGAGAAAAACGCGAGGCGUUUGGCGUGGGAGCGAAGCCCUCUCCCUCUCUCUCUCUCCCGUUGGCGGCUUGCGCGCGCGCUUCCAGCCUCGGAACGCACGAGCUCAUGCUCAUGCCGCCGCUCCCGGUUGUUCGUCUUCCGCUUCCUCCUUCCGCCGCUCAUGCGGCCCCCACGGCGCAGUGGCCGCGAGCUCUCCGCCACCGCGGUGGGGGCGGCAUCGAGGCGCGGGGUGAUGGCCGCGGGCGAGGGCGGCGUGGGGUAGUGUGCGCCAUGGCGGCGGGGGAGGCCGGGCCCGGGCCCGGGCCGGCGCCCUCCAGGACCCAGAUGAUAAUGGAUAAGAUCUCCAGCGGUGAAGAAGUUGGCGGUGCUGGGGGUGCGUACUCAUACAACGCAUUGAAAAGACUGGAUCAAAUAUGGUCUAGCAUAUGUGAAGCGCAAUCAGAUUCCAAAGUCCCUGAAGUUGUUACUCGAGUCCAAGGGCCAUUGGUUGAUUAUGAUCUUGGUGAUGGCUCAGAGAUCUUUGAUGUAUUAGUGUGUGGUGGCACAUUAGGUAUAUUUGUAGCUACUGCCCUCAGUUAUAAAGGCCUUCGGGUUGGAAUUAUUGAAAGAAACAUAAUCAAAGGGAGAGAACAAGAGUGGAACAUUUCAAGAAAAGAGCUUAUGGAACUUGUAGAAGUUGGCAUCCUUUCUGAAGAGGAGAUUGAACAGAUAAUAUCAAGUGAUUUCAAUCCUACUAGAUGUGCAUUUGAGAGUAAAGGUGAAAUUUGGGUGGAGAACAUCCUUAAUCUUGGAAUUUCGCCUGCUAAACUUGUUGAGAUCAUGAAAGAACGCUUCGUUUCUUCAGGAGGAGCCAUAUUUGAGGGGAAAAGUUUGUCAAGCAUUUCUGUUCAUGAUGACUUUGCUGUAUUAAACUUGAGUGAUGGUGGUUCUCUGCCUUGUCGACUUGUUAUUGAUGCUAUGGGUAAUUUUUCCCCAAUUGUGCGACAGAUCCGGUCAGGCAGAAAACCAGAUGGAGUAUGCCUUGUUGUUGGUACUUGUGCUCGUGGAUUUGACAGAAAUACAACAAGUGACAUUAUUUUCAGUAGCUCAUCCAUAAAGAGAGCAGGAAAUUCAGGAGUACAACUGUUCUGGGAGGGUUUUCCUGCUGGUUCUGGUCCCACGGAUCGCACUACAUACAUGUUCACCUAUGUUGAUCCACAUUCUGGGGGCCCAAAGCUAGAAGAACUUUUGGAGACGUUCUGGGAUCUUAUGCCUGCUUACGAGGAUGUGGUUCUUGAAAACCUGGAUAUAAUGAGAGUCAUAUUUGGAAUUUUCCCAACCUAUCGGAAUAGCCCCUUGCCAGCUGCAUUUGACCGUGUCUUGCAGGUUGGUGAUGCUAGUGGAAUCCAGUCACCUGUUUCUUUUGGAGGUUUUGGAAGCUUGACAAGGCAUCUUGGUCGUUUGUCAAAUGGUAUAUAUGAAGCAGUUUCAGGAGAUCUUCUGGAUGCACGUAGUUUGCAGCUGCUGAACCCUUAUAUGCCAAAUUUAAGUGCAUCAUGGUUGUUCCAAAGAGCAAUGUCAGCAAGGCCGCAGAUCGAUGUUUCCCCAACUUUUAUCAAUGAGCUUCUCUUUGCUAAUUUUGAGUCGAUGCAGAAACUUGGGGAUUCAGUACUUCGGCCAUUUCUCCAGGAUGUAAUACAAUUUGGACCUCUGGUUAAAACUCUGGGUCUAGUAAUGAUCACUCGACCACAGAUUUUGCCUUCCAUUUUUAAGCAGGCUGGACCUGGAGUCAUUCUUAACUGGUCAGGCCAUUUUGUGAUGCUUGGUUACUAUACAUUCCUUUCCACCUUUAUAGACCCAAUCCUCAGGCCUUGGGUUGAAUCCUUGCCAUUGAGGAACAAAUAUCAAUGGAAACGAUAUCUCGAAGCAUGGAAGUAUGGAGCUGGCUUAGAUUAUCGCCAAGGGGAAUAAUCAGCUUCUUUUGGAAUUAGUCUAUAUUUCAUUGAGAAAGAAAUACAUACAGAUAAAGGAACAUAUAUACCUUUUCUAUUAGGUCAAAUCACUGUACAGUGUAGAUACAAAGAAAAUUUCUUUCUUUUUUCAGACCAAGACAGUGAAUAACAUGUUAGUUAUUGAGAACAAGUAAUAUGCGGUUCACUUGUAAGUACAUAUUAUUAACUGAAGUGAAUAUGUAAUGUCUACAUUUUCAAACAUUGCAGAACUGAGCUUUAUGGAA